CAAAUAGCAGAGCGUCAUCGUGAUCCCGGCAUGGCCCAUUGUCCUCACUUCUCUGCGCCUCACGGGCCAUGGAACUGAUGACCAUGAGAUACAGGUUUGUUACAUAUACCAGACCAUCUCCCCACCAGCGGGAAUGGGAACCUACAGACUUUGUUCAUUGCUUCCCAUUUCGUUGUCCUCUUUCAUUUCGAGUCUUUCUUUCACCAGUCGAACCUGAGUGUCACUGACUUCAGAGUGGCUUGUAUCCGAACCCCUCUUUCUCCCAGACGAGCGACCCGAGCACCAUUGCAUCAUGAGAUACCAAACUCUCCGGUUCACCAUGUUCUAUAAAGAGCCGUCGAAUGAGAGCAGGCUACCACAAGAACUUCGGUCUUCGCAGUCGUCGUCAUCGUCAUCAUCAUCAUCGACAUUAAGCUUGCGAACUUCUUCAGAUGCGUCUCUGUUAUCGCGACAAUCCACCUCGUCCAACUUGAACUCACCGAAUAAAACCCACAGAGACACGCGCAAGGCAUCAUGAUCAGAGCCCGCACAUAUUUGACGGGACAAUUCAACACCCACACUUUUGACUGCCCAUCUCCGACAGUCCUUGACAUACCUGAUAUAACAAUCACCUGCAUAUUCAGACCAUAAUGCGUUGCAUUUGGAGUGGUCAAUCCAGCCGGCCGUUUUCGGCAUUGCAGAGGUUUCAAAAUUCAAUAAUACAUAUUUUGUGGAAGGGAGAGUGUUGUCCCAGGAUGCAACACCUGCCUGGCGAUUACGGCGCCAUGAUAUGAAGAAUAUGAAGAGUAUGUGACAUGUUUGGCGUUUUGAGGGAAUAUUUACAUGGCUCUGAUAGCCAAGGCGUUGGAAUCAACUGGCGGAAGAGAUGAUACCCUUUCGGUGUACGGACUAUUCUUCUAUACAAAUACGUGGUUCUUCUUUGGAAACCAAUCAAUGACAUAGAAAUGGUUAGAGUGGUCUUGUGAGCUGCAAUGUCAUCCGUCAUGUGUUUCGUUUCGUGGAGACCACCUGUACGAGUACCCAUGCUACUUUCACAUGCCCCGGAUUCUGUCUUCGCCCCAGGGGGAGGGAGAGGAGAGCAUUAGUAGGUUCAUUGGCCAGACGACAAAGUGCCAGGCGCCAAAGCGGCAAGGGAGAGGACGAGAAGAAAGACAUGUGAAUAUUUUUGUGAAGUGCGAGUCGGAAGUACCGGCCCGUGGGGGUCGGAGCCUACGGAGGAGUUCCGUAAUGGUGUAUUUCAAUGACUUGUAAUACCAAAAUACCGACUGGUCUGGUGGUCUGCAGGCAUUUUGGGGGGUAACGCGGGUGUCGCUAUAAGCCCACAGAUUAUGGAGAAGUGCCUAAAGAGUGCCCCCAAGUCUCUUUUCGCGGAGUGAAGAGCGAGGGCUCUAGGACUGGGUGCUGGUAAUAUCCCACCAAUACUCAUAACACGGCGACUGAAGCGUCGGUGACAUUGACGAUGAAGCUCAAGGAGAGUCUUGAGUUUGUUUCUGUAUAAUAAGGAACCCUUUUCACUCCAAGGAUCAUUUCCAGUAUUCUCGCAACUCCCAGUUGAAAUCCUCCCCGUGCGAAAUCGGGCACUAAGCCAUUCCUCCAGUUGGCAGCGACUUUCGGCUUGUGGGCACCAGUCAGACAACUUGUAUUGCGCAUUCAACACACGAGCCGAGGUCCAUUAGCCGCGGUAGGUAUCGUAGCAAGUGUCGGCGUUGACAAGUGCUUUUGGCUUCUGUCGUUCAGGACACCCCUUCGAAUCACUGACCAGGUGAUCCGAUCCUCCAUUGACUUCAAAUACUCAACCGUCGUUCUUCCUCCUCUCUCCCAUCUACUUCCACGAGACGAAUACCUUUCCCAUCCUUUGCCGACACCAGUCUUUGUUAGUUCUCAAAGAUGACUCCCCCACGUGUUAUUGUCGUUGGUGGCGGCUUGUCCGGCCUCAGUGCAGCGCAUACUGUGUACCUGAACGGUGGCAGUGUUCUUGUUCUCGACAAGAACAGCUUCUUCGGUGGAAACUCAACCAAGGCCACCUCCGGUAUCAAUGGCGCGCUGACACGAACGCAAGUCGACCUGGGCAUUCAAGAUAGCGUCAAGCAGUUCUACGAAGAUACCUUGAAAUCAGCCCGUGACAAGGCGAGACCAGAUCUAAUCCGAGUCCUUACGUAUCAAUCCGCCGCCGCCGUCGAAUGGCUGCAGGAUGUCUUCAACCUCGACCUCACACUCGUUUCUCGGCUAGGUGGACACUCUUUCCCCCGAACCCACCGUGGCCACGAUGCCAAAUUCCCCGGAAUGGCCAUCACCUACGCUCUGAUGCAGAGGCUUGAAGAACUCUGCGAAUCAGACCCGGAAAGAGUUCAGGUCAUCAAAAAGGCCAAAGUCACGUCGCUGAACAAAGAAGGAAACCUGAUCACUGGUCUCAAAUAUGAGUUCGGUGGCGAGACGCACUCCGUUGACGGCGUAGUGGUGCUUGCUACUGGUGGCUAUGCUGCCGACUUCAGCGAGACUUCGCUUUUGAAGAAACACAGACCCGACACCUUCAACCUCUCGUCCACCAACGGCACCCAUGCCACUGGUGACGGCCACAAGAUGCUGAUGGCAAUCGGUGCCAAUGAUAUUGACAUGGACAAAGUCCAGGUCCAUCCUACUGGUUUGGUCGAUCCGAAAGACCCCGGCUCGAAGUGGAAGUUCUUGGCCGCUGAAGCCCUUCGAGGUGAAGGUGGUAUCCUCAUAAACAGCGAUGGCAAGCGCUUCUGUGACGACCUGGGCCACCGUGACUACGUCUCAGGCAAGAUGUGGGAAGAGAAGGAGAAGGGCAAGUGGCCCAUCCGCUUGAUUCUUAACUCAAAGGCUUCCAACGUGCUUGACUUCCACACUCGCCAUUACUCUGGCCGUGGGUUGAUGAAGAAGAUGACUGGCAAAGAACUGGCAAAGGAAAUCGGCUGUGGAGAGAAAGCCCUUGACGCAGAAUUCAAGUCCUACAACGACAUUGCCGCAGGCAAGAAGAAGGACAUUUGGAACAAGAAGUACUUCCACAACAUGCCUCUGGACAUCAAUGACACGUUCCAUGUGGCUCUGAUGGAACCUGUUCUUCACUUCACCAUGGGUGGUAUGGAGAUCAACGACAAGGCCCAGGUUCUGAACCACGACAAGAAGCCCUUCGAGGCUCUUUUCGCUUGCGGCGAGUUGGCUGGUGGUGUUCACGGCGCCAAUCGAUUGGGUGGUUCCUCGCUGCUUGGCUGUGUGGUGUAUGGUCGUGUUGCUGGUGCUUCGGCAUCUCAAUAUCUAUUCCAGAAACUAACAGCCGGUGGUGCGACUGGUGCUUCUCAACGUCUUGGUCAGAUCUCACUGCACAUUGAUCCCAGCACUCCUGGUAAGGUCUCUGUAGAAUGGGGCAGUGGUGCAUCAGGAGCGUCGGCCUCGGCAGGUGGCGCCCCAAUCGAACAGCAGUCUCAAAGAAGCGCUGCUCCCGUGAUGGAUGGCAACAAGAGCCAGGAUCCUGCCAAGAAGAAGGACACCAACGAUAUCAGCAACUUCAAGGUCCCAGAGAAGGAAUACUCUCUGGAAGAGGUUGCCAAGCACAACAAGAAGGACGACCUUUGGAUCGCUGUCAAGGGUGUUGUGAUGGAUGUGACCAACUGGCUGGACGAGCAUCCCGGUGGUCCUCAAGCAUUGUUCAGCCACAUGGGCAAAGAUGCAACAGAAGAAUUCGAGAUGCUUCACGAUGACGAGGUCAUUCCGAAAUAUGCUGCCGACAUUGUCAUUGGUCGCGUAAAGGGACAAGAAGUCCGACUAGAGUACUAAACAUCUGAGCCGCGUGCUUCAUAUAUCGUUUUGGAUGAAAGAUUUGAGAAGCAUGGAGUAUUACUGUAUCAUGAGCAGGUCAUCCUUUCCCUUAAGGAGGGAAUAAAAUAUAUUUCACACUACAACUCCG